AGUCCGUGACAACCAGCCUUUUUGUUGUGGUUUGGGCAGCAGCAUGCUCUUUUUGUUGUACCGUGGCCAAGGAGGCAGUCCUAGACCAAAAGACUUCUCAGUGUCUUCUCUUCUCAUUGAGAGGUGUGCACUUUCAUGCUCUUACGGAACUCCACGUAAACUGACAUGAUUUGGAUCACUUUGUUUUGGCUUCAUAUUUUCCCAAAUCUUCUUGCAUUACCAAAUAUAACUGUGGAUAUAAACAACACUGCACUCAAUGAAUUUGUGACGUUAUCUGAGAAUGUUCAGGAUGUGUCUCUCCGAAGCCAGAAAGAACGAAUUGUCAAGGAUGCAGGCAAAGAAAAGUGCACAGUCCCAUGUGAGAUGACUGCAAAACUCAUGCGGGAUGAGAAGCAUACUUUCUGCAGUAACCUCCAGCAUGCCAUGACAACAUAUGCAAGAGGUACAAGAAAGCUGAUCAGAGAUCUUAUAGAUGAACAGCAGAAGACUCUGGAAUUUCUUACCAGUCAGGUAAUGGAACUUAUGAUCAAAGUCCACACUCUCAGCUCAGAGGUGCAGAGGAGCAACAGUGACAUGUUUUCCUUGAAGCCCCUCCAAGCUCAUGGGAGGGACUGUAGUGACAUCAAGGAGACACUAGGGGCAGUAUCUCCUAAAAUUCCAAGUGGAAUUUACAUUGUUAACCCUGACAACUCUGAGCUUUUAUUUGAGGUGUUUUGUGAGAUGGAUUACAUGGAAGGUGGCUGGACAGUAAUACAGAGACGGACAGAUGGUUUCACUGACUUUAAACAUGUGUGGUCAAACUAUCUAGAUGGAUUUGGGCACCUACCAGGAGAACACUGGCUGGGUUUGAGAAAGGUGUACAGCAUCGUCAGUCAGAGGAAUACACGUUUUGAAUUGCACGUUUCUCUUGUCUCUCAAGAUGACUCCAUUGCGUAUGCCUCUUACGACAACUUCUGGCUUGAAGACGAAAGCAAAUUUUUCGCAAUACAUCUUGGCAGAUACGCUGGUAGUGCUGGUGAUGCAUUUAGAGGAUAUGACCAAGACCAGAAUCAAGAUACGGCACCUUUCAGCACAUCUGACGUUGAUAAUGAUGGCUGUGUCCCGUUCUGCACUUUUAAUGAGACAGCUGUGGAGAGUUGCAGUGUCCAUCACAACAACACGGGCUGGUGGUUUAACCAGUGUGGCAGCGCAAACCUCAAUGGCUCCCCUUUGGACCAAGAUCGCUCCGCUCAGCCACACAUUCACUGGGACACAUGGACUAAGAAUGGAGAACCUGUCAGCAUCAAGUCAGUAACAAUGAAGAUCAGGAGACUCGAAGGCUCAAACCUUAAAUAAGCUUUUUGAGCUUUACAGUAUGGUCAAAAUUCAGAGACCAUCCUUCAUGUAUUUAAUUUCUAAAAUGGUCAUUAAGUUAUUCAUUUAUCAGGAGACAUUUUUUAGAAGAUUACACAGAAGACAAUCUGCUUGUUUAAGAAAAGGGAAGAUCAAAGGAAAAUAAAUGAAAAAAAAGUUUUUUGAAGUUUCCAAAACUUCAAAAGAGUUCAAAAGUUGUUACUGAGAAAAGAAAAUGGUAAAAAAGAAGAAAAUUGGCACAUCAAACAUAGAAGCCGCUGAUGCUCUAAGAACAAGGUAUUGACCACCCCAGAGUCCAGGCCUUAACAUCACUGAUUGUGUUUAGGAUUACUUGGAUUUAGAACAAACUUCUAAGGCUAAGAUCUCAUUGAAAAACUCAAAGCAGGUCUUAUGAAAAGAAUGUAAAUUGCAGUCAAAGCCAAAAGUGGACACACAAAAGACACAAAAGAUUAUCUUUAGUUGUUGAGGCUUCUGUGUAAUUUUCUGUUAAAUAUAUGUUUUCUGCUUUUUUCCUGACACUAAAAAAGAAUAAUUUAGUGGCCAUUUUCACUGGAAACAAAAUAAAUAAAAGAUGGUCUCUGACUUAUGCAAAAUACAGUAUGUAAUCAGGAGAUAUUUUUAAAUGGUCUACUAUUGGUUAGAAGGCCCUUUCCCAAAAUCAUGAUACUCUGUGGAAAAAAAGAUAGAGGGUUAAAAAAUGCUGGUGUGUAAAAGGGAUUUUGUUUCAACAUAAAUAUUGAUAUCUAAUUUUCUCUUUUUUGAACACUGGUCUGAAAUGCUGAUUAUAAUAUCAGUAUUAGCCCAUUUUAAGUUUUUCAUUGGUAUAAAUAAAGGCUGAUCUGUUUAAAGAAAA